UUUUAUAGUGCUGUGAAAAAUAACGCGUUAAUUCAAUUACAGGUUUAACUAGUUUUUUUUUUUUUUAACGCAUUUAACGCAUGCGCAGAAUGAGCUUCCAAUCCGUCUGUUGUUGGUCGUCGGGACGAAAAAAAAGUCACUUGCAAAAUGAGCUUCCAAUACACCACUUCAAUCUGAACUCUGUCCGCUCUCAUGCAGACAGUCUGUUCAUCGGUAAUGAUCCUUCCGCAGGUUCACCUACGGAAACCUUGUUACGACUUCUACUUCCUGUAGAUCAGGGUCUCAACACGUCGAUCGCGACCUGCCAGUCGAUCGCGGCGUAGUGUUGGUAGAUCGCAUGACAUUAAAAAGAUUGGCCCGCCCCCUGACAUGUUCUCUAUAGCACGUCUUUGUUCUUUUAUUAAACUAAACGUCUGUUGUUGAUCGUAUCUCCACAGCAGCAUGUCAUUUCUGUCUCUUCGCGUUGCGUUAACACUUAUCGAUCUCCGUCUCGCGCUCCACAGAGCUCCGUGCGCGCGCAUCGGGACCGAGCAAAAAAAAAGUCACUUGUCAAUCUGUCCCCGUGUCCGGGCCGGUGAGGUUUCAGCUUUGCAGCGGUGUCCCCGCCGUCCCUUUCAUCACGGCCCAGUUCAUGAAGAAAACCCACACAGUCAGUUCGCCUCAGCAGCUGCUAGAGGAAGACUAGAGGCCUUUAGAUUGUGUCAUGGUGGAGUUAAUGGUUGACAAACAAGAGAAAAAUGUUCUGUUUAACCUCCUGUUACAUUUACUAACGUAUUUUACCCUCGGGGUCAAUUUGACCCCAGCAAUUAAAACCUCCAGAAAAUUAUUAGAAUUAAUAUUGCUUCCCAAGUUUAAGUGUGAGGUACUUUAUGUUUGUUUGUUGACUAACUAAAUAGCCCUUUAAAUAAAUAAAAAAGUUGAUAUUUCUUAUGUUUGACACAGUGAAAAACAGCCUGGGGUCAAAUUGACCCCAAAGAACACCGACAUUAAACAUUGAAUGGGGUCAAAUUGACCCGAAAGGUAACAGGAGGGUUAAACAUUCUGUUUAGGAUGAAGAUGUAUUAAUGUUCCAUAUGGAAGAAAACUGCUAAAUAACUGCUGAGUUGCAGCACCAUUGUAUAGAAGAAUGUAUAAAUGUAUAUAUCCGUCUUUUGUCAUAAAUCUCUAUGUUCUCACAAAAUAUACCGAGAAUAUCGGUAAUAUGUGAUUAAUCAUGAUUAAUCCACAAAAACCUGUGAUUAACCCGAUUAAAAAUUUUAAUCGUUUCACAGCCCUAAUAUUUUACCUACCUUGUACAGGCAAUACAGCUGGGACAGACACAACAAAGAACAAAAACAAAAUGCUAGUAAAUUAUCGAAAUUAUGGGGGCAUUCUUUGCCCCUCUCCGAGUCAUAUCAGGGGCAAAAUUAUAUUUCUUGGGGGCAGUUUUGCUCUUUUUUUACUCAGUAUUGACGAUGUAUCACAAGUAUGGUUUGAGUCAUUUUGAGGAAUAAAGUGUCAAUAGUUUUGUCCCAAAUGAAAACAGCGUGUUUUAAUAUUUGAUUUAUUCUCCUGGGAAUUAAUUUGCCUUCUGCCUUUCAUGAUAAAAAUGUUAAACCUUUUACUUUUAGUAGUUGACAGUUGGAAUUGUUCCAAUUUAGCUUUUUGAGAUGCAUUGACGUUGAGUUUGUCACCUUUACGUCACACACAUCGUAUAAUUAUUAUUAUCCCGUAACAAGAAGACAUCAGUCAACAGCCUCAUCAGCAAAUCGGACCAAAUUAAAAUUUAAAUAUCAUAAAUGUUUGUUUGCACACAGAGUGCAAUAAUCCCAAAAUCCAAUGGGGGGGGAAAUCCCACUGGUCUUUCCCUGAGGGAACCAGCACCCUGUUGGGGGUUUGAUGGCAACGCAUUAGUUUCACACGUAGUUGAUCUCCAACCAAAGUUUUUAAGGGAUCAGACUUAUUUAAUUAUUGCAGCUCAUCCUCCCAAAAUAUUUGGAUGGCAAUCCAUUCAAUAGCUGCCCAGAUAUUUGAAUCAACGAUAAACAUGUCGGGGCGUCACAUCCGUUUAGAGACGCCCUGAGGCCGGCCAGGUGUGGUCGUUGGAGGCUGAGACCAGACGGCACAAUUACAAUCAGGUGUUGGACUAAUGUUUCUACUUUUGCUCCACCCAGACAACCCUCUCCUAAAAUCUGAUGUUGAGCUUCCUGUGUGGCCUGACUGGCAUCGAGCCGGCCUGGUUUAUCUUUUCCUGCGACUUGGUUGUCAAAAAUGUCUUCUUUUAUAAAAAAUAAAAAAAGCUUUUUGUUUAUUUUUAUUUUUCAAGUCGCUAAAUGUCCUUUUUGUUGCACUUUUUUGGCUCCCAGGUCCUCGAGAUGCAGGCGGUGGAUUUAAUGAUGAAACGUGAACCACGGGUCCACUGGGUGGACCCAGGCUAGACCAAUGUUGUCACCAGGAACACCAUCUCCAGCGGGCCAUCUCGGCGCAGCAGGUGUACGGCGAGAAGCGGGACAACAUGGUCAUCCCGGUGCCCGAGGCGGAGAGUGACAUCACCUACUACGAAUCCCUCUACCCCGGGGAGUUCAACAUGCCAAAGCAGCUAAUUCACAUACAGCCAGCUUUCAGCUUGGACACCGAGCAGCCCGACUACGACAUGGACUCGGAAGACGACACGUUCGUCAACAAGCUGAAUAAGAAGAUAGAGAUCAGCUUCCUGCAGUUUGAGGAGAUGAUCGACCGGCUGGAGAAAGGCAGCGGACAGCAGGCGGUGAGCCUUCCGGAGGCCAAGCUGCUGCUGAAGGAGGACGACGAGCUCAUCAAGGAGGUCUUCGACUACUGGAGCCGCAAGAAGAAAAGCAGCCGCGCCAACUGCCUCCUCCCCAACGUCAAGCCGGAGCGGCGGGAUGGCUCCAGCACCAGCGACCCCUACGUGGCGUUCCGCCGGCGCACCGAGAAGAUGCAGACCAGGAAGAACCGCAAGAACGACGAGGCGUCCUACGAGAAGAUGCUGAAGCUGCGCCGGGAUCUCAGCCGAGCCGUCACCAUCCUGGAGAUGAUCAAACGGAGGGAGAAGAGCAAGAGAGAGCUGCUGCACCUCACGGUGGAGAUCUUUGAGAAGAGAAACGUCAUGUCGGACUACAGCGGCGAGGUGAUGGCGGAGGUGUUGGCCGAGCGGGCGCUGGUGAGGCCGCAGAUCAUUCCCCUGGUCCCGGUCACCAACCAGUACCGACACCAGGACCACAUGGACCUCAAGGACUACAAGUCCAAGCCCGAGAAGGCGGAAGCCCCCCGUCAGAAGAGGCCGUACCAGAAGAAGCAGAAGGCGUUGCCCCUCUCGUCGGGCCCCGCCCACCACCCGGGCCCCGUCGUCUUCAACGCCAAGGACCUCAACCAGUACGACUUCCCCAGCUCGGACGACGAGCCCUUCUCCCAGCUGCACUCGGGCUCAUCGGAAGCCGAGGAGGAGAACGACCCCGAUGGCGCCUUCGCCUUUCGCAGGAAGACGGGCUGCCAGUACAACGCCGCCCGUCUGGAGCGCGUGGGCGGCUGGCCGUGGUGCGGGCCCCGGGACGGCGGCCUGGCGGAGGCCCGCUUCCGCUACAGCCUCACCACGCUCACCCUGCCGCGCCGCUGCCUCGGCGUGGCCCGGCGGCGCGUGGGGCGAGGCGGCAGGGUGUUGCUGGACAGGGCGUCCACGGACUACGACGUCUUCAACGGUUUGGAUCCAGAAGUGCUGGGCCUUCCUCUCCCCUCCUCCUCGUCGCCUCCUCCUCCUACGACUACUUCGCGCUCGCCGGCGGCCACCGACAAGUUUGCCAGUACCUCAGAAACGAAUACCUCGGACAGAAGUUCUUCCUCCCUCAACGCCGCCCUUUGCUCCUCGCCCUCUUCCACGGACCUCAGUCAGAUACUGUUGAAUAUACGGUCGUGCCGAUGGAGGCACUUUAGACCGCGGACGCUACCCCUGCACGAGCUGGACAACGCCCACCCGCUAUUCAGGAAGCUGAGCCGAGGCCUGAAGCGGCCGGGCUCCGCCUCCUCCGGGGGUCGGCCGUACGGCGCCCAGCGGCCGGUGAGGGUCGUCGCCGCGCCCGUUGCCGCUUUCACAGCCGAACAGUACCAGCAGCAUCAGGAGCAGCUGGCCCUGAUGCAGAAGCAGCAGCUGGAGCAGAUCCAGCUGCAGCAGCACGCCAACAGCACAAAGGGCCUGCCCAACACGUUGGACCAGGCCGGCGCUCAGUUCGCCGCCUCGGCCAUCGUCGCCACUGAGAAACUGCUGGCCCUGGGAGGCGGAGUCAACGGCGUCUUCGCCCCCUCAGGUGUCUAUAAGGGUCUGCACAUCUCAAGCACAGCGUCCCCUUCCCCCGCCGCCCCGGCUCCACCCGCCUCCACCCUGCCGUCCGCCUUGCUCCACCCCUGCACCGCCACCACCACCAGCUCCGGCAGCAACAACGGCACCGCCCACCCCGCCGCCAACGCCACUCAGGUCCUGCUGGGCAACAACAACAACAACAACGGCAGCAACGUCCUCCGUCUGGGAGUUCCCGCCGGCAAGCGCGUCGUCCACGCCCCGCGGAUGCUGAGCGCCGCCAUGUCCACGUCCGCCUUAAAGCUCGCUCACGCCGCCACCGCCAACUGUCAGAAGCCCAAGGUGGCCGCGGCCGCCGCCUCGCCGCUGGACAUCGCGCCCAGGGAGACUCACGAACAAGACAAGCCAGCACUGAACAGUCUGUCAGAGAACACAGUGGCCAUGGAGGUGACGUAGCCUCCCAGAGGAGGCGCGACUCCGUCGUCGUCGUUGUUUUUCUUCGCCGCUCUGCAUCGUUCAUUCGCGGUGAAAAGCAAACAGGUGGCGGAUCGAGCGCGGCGAAGGCGGCCGGGUUUCCUUGGCAACCGUUUUGGGACUUAAUUGCAAUGCUCGUCUCGUACAAAUUUAUUUUCCUCCCCCCUUAGAAAAAAAACCCACAAGUCCCCAUUUGUUCCUGUUGAUAAGAGAUCGUCUGUAAAUUCUUAAUAUGGCAAUUAUAUGUACAGCACUGCAUAUUUGUAAUACCCCCCCCCCCCCCGUUCUUGUAUAUGACAUUACUUGAAUACAGAAUUGUUCAUUUGUGAUGUUUUGCACACGAGAUAUUGAAAAACACAAAUUAAAAAGAGAAGCUGCAACUGGUGAGUUUGGGCGUGAGCGUCGUCCCCGCGGCGACACGUCGGAUCUAUUUAUUGUGCCGUGUUUACAAAGGUUCUUUUUUUAAUUUUUUUUUACAUGUCGUUUUUCACCCCUAUGUUUCUUUACAUUUUAUUUUUAUACACUGUAGCCCUCACCGGUUCCCCCGUGCUGUCGUCGGUGUUUAGUUAGAUUUAAAAAAGAAUAUGCAGGAAAAAAAACUAAAUUUUUUUUGGGAUGUCGUGAACAUGGCGUUGUUGUUGUUGCUGUUUUGGGGUCGGCGUGUCGCGUUGGAGGCUCACAGGUUCGGGGCGCACGGCGGGUGUGAUCAGUUUCCACAAAGCUCUUCCAUACAUUUAAUAUUCCUGAGGCGAGAAACAAAACAAUGGGGAUGACUUUAUUCCCAGAAGCCUUUGCUGCUUCUGACUCAUCUAAGCACUAUGUGAUUUUUGUUUCUUCUUUAUUGAUUGAUGCUGCUUUUUAUUAUUUUAUUUUUUUGGGGCCAUCUGGUUUGUACAGGAUGACCUCAUUUACUUCUCUCAAGACCCCCCCCCCCACCCACUCCUCCUCAUUUUUAAUUAUAUUUGUAUAUUUUCCACUUUCCUUGAUGGAAAAACUUCAUUAUUUUGUUACUUGAUCUUUAAAAAAAACAUCUAUAAGGGAGUAUAAAUAAAAUUGCAGUAACUGACAUUUAUCAUUCCAGCUUCGACAAAAACAAUUACAAAUGUGUAUUAAUUGAGGGGGGGAGAAGAAAAAAUAACAAGUUUUCUCUACUUAAAAAAAUAAAAAGUCUCCAGAAGGCCUCGAACCACAGCGCCAUCAGGUGCCUUCAUGUGGGAAAGAAAAAGUCUGAAGUUUGUCUCUUCUGUGAAGAGUUUGGUACUGAACAAGCUACUUGUAGUUCUUCUUUGUCUGUACCACGAGCCCAAAGCCCGGUCCACUGGCCCAGUUUUUGUUUUUGUAAACUCUCACACACAGGAAAGACUUAAUAAUCCUCUUGAAUUGUCAUGAAAUGAAAUAAAAAUCCAGGGCAUUAUGUG